AUGGAUUGUAUGCGGGACGCUCGUGGGCGCAUUCCCUUUUGCUGUCUGGAUUUGGAGCAAGUGCUGAUGAGCGAUGCCCAGCAAGCAGUGCUCUAA